UCGCGCGACCUUAAACCGCACGGACCGCACCGUACCCUCCGAUCGAGUAGCCUCCCUGCUAUAGAGCCGAAGUUCUCGAGUGCGGUGGAGGAUUUGGGCGGCCGUCCUUGGCUUCUCCGUCGUCAGGCGAUUCCAAGUCUGAGGAGGAGAGUUUGGUCCGGGAAUCGUCCGGAGCACGCCGCCAGGGAAUAGGAAGUAACCCUAAGGUUUUUGGAGCAAUAUGAUGCUCAAUGCUGCUUUUCUGCGAUCAGACGGCUUCAACUUUCUGCAUGUGAAACAGUAUUUUUCUCUCAAACACGUUCAUCCCAUCUGUGCUCCAGCAAGAACUCUUAAAUUUAGGAGUCCUUGUAUAGCUUAUCAAGGCAAGGCAUUUCCUCCUCUUAGAGGUUCCCUGCCCUUUAGCCCACUUCUACAUGGACAACAUGGAGAUGCACUUAAGUUGUCCUUAUCAGCGGACGGCGGUAGCAGCAGGGCAAGAUCUGCAGUAGUUUCCAGGGCAUCAAAGGCUCCUGCUCUCUUCACUUAUCCUCCCAUGACCACCAAGCCCAACUGGUGGUGGAGAACCUUGGCCUGCACUCCAUAUCUCCUACCUCUUCACUUGAUGUGGCUGCAUGCCGUCACAGCAUACCAUCUCCAACGCCUACUGGAAAACUGGGAUUUCCUAGUGAAUCCUUUUAUCGACACGAUCACAUUGAUGCCAAAUUGGUUUAUGAUGGUGCUCAUAUUUGCUGCUUAUUAUCUCGUUGUGAGGCGAAAAGAAUGGCCUCAUUUUUUGCGGUUUCAUGUUAUCAUGGCCAUGCUACUGGAGAAUGGAUACCAAGCGAUAGCCAUUGCCUGCACUUGGCUUCCGAACACAUUCUACCGUGGUAAGCUAGGGGCGACCUUCUGGCUUGCAGUUACGUUUAUGCAGUUGUACACUGUGGUGGAAUGUAUGAGAUCUGCACUCAGCGGCAUGUAUGCCGAUGUGCCUCUUGUCUCAGACACGGCAUAUCUUCAUUCCGAUCUAAAAUUGUUUUAAACUUAUUUCAAUUAAGUGUUCUCACCUAGACAAAAACCACUUUUUGAGAUAGAACUUUUGAUUCUGUCUUGUGAUUUCCGUUGGUAUAAUCUAAAGACUAAUAAUUGGCAGCUGUUAGCUGUACAAUUUUGGUAUU